AUGGCCGAUAUCCCGUGGUUGAAGGAUCAUAAAAUGGGCGCAAAUGUAUUGCUCCCCGGGUCGGGGUUUAUCUGCAUGGCAGUGGAAGCGAUGUGGCAAAAGAAGAACGCGACCGACCCCGACGAAGCUGUUACUUCCCCCAACCAACUAGCAUACCGAUUACGCAACGUCAGAUUUGACAAAGCGCUUGUACUUGAAGACGACAAAGAUGCUGAGGUCUUGCUGUGGUUGACCGAACAACAGGGGAGCAAAGAUUGGCAUGAUUUCAGGAUUUCAUCGGUGAAUGAGGGAAACUUGGUCGAACACUCGUCCGGGCUUAUCCGCUUGCAAGUCCCCAUCGACAGUCAAAUUGCACAGCCUGACUCUCAACGUUUGACUCAACCUACUUCUGGACAACUAUGGUACAAGGCUCAGAGUCAGAUUGGCUAUGGCUUCGGGCCUGCUUUCCAGAAGCUCAUUCAGGUCGAAUCUGUCAGUGGCCAGCGGAAUGGACGUGGUCUGGUUUCUUUGACAGAGCCACCAUCUAAGUGGUCACCCCAGUCAUAUUACCCAAUUCAUCCGGCCUCACUUGAUGGCUGCUUCCAGACCGUCACACCUUCUUUGUGGGCUGGAGAACGAGGCUCUCCCAACUCGGUUGUGGUGCCUUCAAUUUUAGAUGAUAUCAUCAUUAACAGGGUUCCUCACAGUUUGAAGAACGGACUUUCUCUCGCAGAGUCGCGAUAUUCCGGCCGUGGCCGACUUGAGGAAACCAAGAGCUACUUUGCCAACUGCACUGUGUAUGACUCGGAGACCGGCAGUCUCCUAAUGAAGAUGACCGGGCUUCACUUUGCGAAGCUGGAUGUGGGCAGCCAGGUCGACCCUCACAUCUUCGACAAGAUCACAUGGAAGCCGGAUGUAACAUUCCUGACCGCUAGCCAGCUUCGUGAGAAGUCUGUCGACUCUGUGAUUGACCUUAUCGCGCACAAGAAGCCAACUCUUAAGGUUUUGGAGAUCAACUUCAUCAACGAUGAUACAUCCUCCCUAUGUACUACUGCUGAGCGAUUAGGUGCACCGGAAAUUGAGUUUGAUCUCGUGAUCUUGAAGAUUGGACAGGUUUCGCGAUCUGAGUUGGGUGUUCUGCUGCAGAAGCUCAAGUCUCUUGUAUCUCAGCAAGCCGGUCAUCUACUUCUUUUACACCACCUGGCCCCAACUUCACGCGACGCGAGCUAUUUUGCUCUGGGAACGUCAACGCCCGAUUCAGAAGCAGCGGUGACCCCGGGUUUUGAACUCAGCAAGGCACCUUCGGAGGCAAUCACUCCUACCAGUUCAAUUAGCUCCUCGGCCACCUCAGUUAACCUUGUGACAUUGAAAGAGGAGACGGUUGCUUAUGUUGAAGGCACCCCUCUCCAGCCCAAUGAUUCUGACAUGGUUGAAGAGACCCUUCGAUCUUCCUUCUCGGACCCAGUUUUCCAAGUUGGCUCUCAAUUUGGGACUGAGUCUUACUUGUCAAUUCUCAACCCAGUCACUCAAGCCGCCAAGAGCUCCCUAAAUCUAGAUGUCGUGCGCUUGUCAAAAGACACACCGGCACUUGAAUCAUCCUUACGCGAGAGGCUGCAGAACUCUGGAUGGAUCAUUAAUGAGCAGACACUCUCCAUAUCGUCAUCAACACCGAACGGUGUCAUUCUAGUCCUCGAUGAGCUUUCAUCUUCAUUGCUCACGCAGGUCAACGAAGACCAAUGGAAGUCGCUUAAAGUGCUCAUUGGCUCGGGCAAACAGCUGCUUUGGGUUACUCAAGGUGCACAGCAUCAAGUGACUAACCCCGACGUAGCGCUUGCCCACGGCUUGUUCCGAGUGAUUCGCAUGGAAGACCGGAAUGCCAAGCUGACCACUCUAGAUACCGAGAAAUCGUCUGUCGCAUCAAACGAAUGGGCAAUUGAUACGGUUCUCCGGUCUCUCCGGUCGGAAAGACAGAAGGAAUUUAUCGAGACAGAAUACGCCGAGAGAGGUGGCAUUCUUUACGUACACCGUCUUGUUCCGGACGAGGCCAUCAACAAAUUCAAGUUAGACGUGAAAGAGGGCGCCGAACCAAUUGUUCAGGAGCUGCACAAACAUGGACCCGCAGUUUCCUUGCGAGCAGAGCGUAUUGGAACUUUCGAAAGCCUAACAUGGGCAGAGAACAGUACUGCUGAGCUAUCUGUGCAGAAAGGCCGUGUUGAGGUUGAGGUUUUGGCUGCCGGUGUUAAUUUCAAGGAUGUUGCUGUUACCAUGGGCAUUGUGCCAGAGAACGAGUACACUCUGGGCUAUGAGGCUUCUGGUAUCGUGAAAAGAGUGGGACGUGGCGUCACGAAUUUCGUGGUUGGUGACCGCGUCUGCUUCCUAAAUAACGGAAGCUACGCCAAUCGACUUCAAGUCCCUGUCGGACGUGCGCAUGUCUUCCCCGACGCGAUGUCGUUUGAGGAAGCGGCGACGAUUCCGUCGGUUUACCUGGCUUCGAUCUAUAGUCUAUAUCACAUCGCCAAUCUCAAGAAAGGACAAUCUGUCCUUAUUCACUCGGCUUCGGGUGGUGUUGGCCUCUCGGCAAUCCAGCUAGCUCAACAUAAAGACGCAAAGGUAUUCGUUACAGCCGGAACUGAAGAGAAGCGACAAUUCCUCGCCGACAAUUUCAGCAUCUCUCGUGACCACAUCUUCUCUUCUAGAGACACGGAUUUUGCUGCUGCAAUCUUGAAAGCAACCCAAGGUCGUGGUGUUGACGUGAUCCUCAACUCUCUUACUGGAGAUAUGCUUCAUGAGUCCUGGAGAAUCUGCGCAGACGGAGGUACAUUCGUCGAGAUUGGAAAGAAAGAUAUUGCCGACCGUAAUGUGUUGUCGAUGGAGCCAUUUGACCGGAAUUGCUCCUUCAGGGCCAUGGAUUUCUCCUACACCAGGGACAUCUCGGAUUCUUUAAUCGCCGACCUUCUGGAUGAGAUCUUCGAUUUGGUUAAUGCUGGCCAUGUGAAGCCUAUCAGCCCAAUCACAACCUUUAGCUUCGGCGACAUCCGUUCGGCCUUGGCUUUCAUCCGCAGUGGUCGUCAUAUGGGAAAGGUGGUCAUCUCUGAUGGGGAGAUUCCAGAUGUACAGGUUCCAAUCAGACCAAAAACCCAAACGCUUGCGCUUCGUGGUGAUGCCUCCUAUUUGAUUGUGGGUGGUCUGAAGGGGCUUUGCGGCAAUCUGGCUAUUCAUAUGGCUCAACAUGGAGCUAAGCGUAUCAUCGUGUUAUCGCGCAGCGGCAUUGAAGAUUAA